AUGCUUAUAGAGAGAAUUAGUCAAGAAUGGACCACUGUAGGUGCCAGGCACCCACCACCACCAAGCUGGCAAUUAGGUAGUGAGCCAGCACCUUCUACCAGCGUCAAUCUCGAGAACACUCCACGUCAGGUCGCUAAUCCAAUAACUUUACCGACUGAUACCCCCUCACGAACCCCUCGACGACCUCAAGCCAACAUGUCUGCGGCGCAACUGCUCAACCCCAAGGCCGAAUCGAGGCGGCGGGGUGAAGCCCUGAAGGUCAACAUCAGCGCUGGUGAAGGCCUCCAGGAUGUCCUCAAGUCCAACCUCGGCCCUUUGGGCACUAUCAAGAUGCUUGUCGAUGGCUCCGGUCAAAUCAAGUUGACAAAAGAUGGAAACGUCCUCCUCCGCGAGAUGCAAAUUCAAAAUCCUACCGCAGUCAUGAUUGCUAGAGCUGCGACGGCACAAGAUGAUAUUUGCGGAGACGGCACGACAUCAGCUGUCCUGUUGAUCGGAGAGCUCCUCAAGCAGGCGGAUCGUUAUAUCUCAGAAGGACUGCAUCCUAGAAUUAUUACGGAUGGUUUCGAGAUCGCCAAGAACGAGGCGUUGAAGUUCCUUGACGGCUUCAAGCUCGAGAAGGAGGUCGACCGCGAGUUGCUUCUCUCCGUGGCCCGCACGUCGCUUUCCACGAAGCUUAACUCCAACCUUGCGGCCAAGCUCACCCCCGAUAUCGUCGAUGCUGUUCUCGCCAUCUACCAGGCACCUGCCAAGCCGGACCUGCACAUGGUCGAGAUCAUGAAGAUGCAGCACCGGACCGCCUCCGACACCCAGUUGAUCAAAGGUCUUGCCCUCGACCACGGCGCCCGCCACCCCGAUAUGCCCAAGCGCCUUGAGAACGCCUACAUCCUGACGAUGAACGUCAGCUUGGAGUACGAGAAGUCUGAGAUCAACUCUGGAUUCUUCUACUCUAGCGCAGAGCAGAGAGACAAGCUGGUGGAGAGCGAGCGUCGUUUCGUUGAUGCUAAGUUGAAGAAGAUUGUCGAGCUGAAGAAGGAGGUUUGCGGAAACGACCCCACCAAGAACUUCGUCAUCAUCAACCAGAAGGGCAUUGACCCUCUUUCUCUCGACGUACUGGCCAAGAACGGCAUUCUCGCCCUCCGCCGUGCCAAGAGAAGAAACAUGGAGAGACUGCAGCUCAUCUGUGGUGGUGUUGCACAGAACAGUGUUGACGACCUGUCACCCGAGUCUCUGGGAUGGGCUGGUCUUGUCUACGAGCAAACUCUGGGCGAGGAGAAGUACACCUUCAUCGAGGAGGUUAAGGAGCCCAAGUCCGUCACCCUGUUGAUCAAGGGACCCAAUGCACACACCAUUACUCAGGUUACGGACGCUGUCCGUGACGGUCUGCGCAGUGUCUACAACAUGAUUGUGGACAAGAGCGUUGUCCCGGGUGCUGGUGCUUUCCAGGUUGCCUGCGCAGCACACCUCAAGAGCGACGCCUUCUCCAAGACGGUGAAGGGCAAGGCCAAGUGGGGUGUCGAGGCCUUCGCCGAUGCUCUGCUGAUUAUUCCCAAGACUCUCGCUGCCAACGCCGGUCUUGACAUCCAGGAUGCUCUUGCUGCUAUGCAGGAUGAGCACGCGGAUGGCAACAUCGUUGGCUUGGACCUGGCAACGGGCGAGCCGAUGGACGCAGAGCUCGAGGGUAUCUUCGACUCCUUCAGAGUACUCAGAAACUGCAUCGCCUCAAGUUCGAGCAUUGCAUCCAACCUGCUUCUGUGCGACGAACUCUUGAAGGCGAGACAGAUGGGCAGAGCGGGAGGCCCUGGCCCUGGUAUGGACGGCCCUGAGGAACAAAAGGCGUUGAUCUUAGAUCUGUCAAAGCUGAGAGCCGGAAUGAUAUCCAACUAUGAAGACAAUUCCUGCAUUCCAUUUCCCUUCAUCGUUUGCUACCCCUCGCUGGAGGAGGGCAACCAGCCCAACCCGUCAAUCUGGCAGCCCAUACCGAUUUACACAACCAUGGCAGAUUACGACAGUGAUUCCUCCGAGCAGGAGUUCACCGAGACCAACGUGUUGCUCGGUUACGCCAGCAAAGACGCCGACGAUGACACCAUCAGUCGUCUUGGUGGUCAACCAGAAUGGUUGAACCCCGAACAACCAGCCUCAGCAGCCCUGGCGCGGUGUCAAGUGUGCAACGAGAUCAUGGUCCAGCUUCUCCAACUCAACGGCGAGCUCCCCGAGAAGUUCCCCGGCCACGAGCGCCGCCUGUACGUCUUCGCCUGCCGCAAAUCCACCUGCCGGCGCAAGCAGGGCAGCAUCCGCGCUGUGAGAGGUGUCAAGGUAUCCAAGGAAGCGCAAGCAGCGGCAGCAAAGAAGGCGGAAGCGAAGCCUCAGAAGAAGGUGGAGGAGAAGGAAGAGCCCAAGAAAGACGUCAGCUCGGGACUGGGAACCGCGCUUUUUGGCGGCGGUUCCGGUGCAGCGAACCCAUUCGGAGGCAACGCGAACCCGUUCAGCACGGGCGCCUCUUCAAGCAGCAGCCCCUUUGGCACCGCCGCCCCGUCGAACCCGUUUUCUACCCCCGCCGCCGCCGACGAGCCCACGCAGAAGAAGGAGGUGGCCAAGGACCCGGCCGAGUCCCUCCCCAAGACCUUUGCCGAGACGCUGAACCUCAACAACCCGCAAACGCCUUCCGGGCCGCCCCCACCGCCAGAGCCGUGUCCCGCGGCCGACGCCCUGCCUAAGCCGUACCCGAUUUCCUACCUCGCGGACGCCGAGUUCGAGACGCUCGACCCGGAACCUAUGCCCGUGCCGCAGAACGCGCGGAUGGAGGUGGACACCGAGGGUGGUAGCGGCGCUGGUGGGGGAGGCGACAUGAAGGACGUCUUCGAGUCGUCCAUGGACGCGGCGUUUCAAAAGUUUGCGGACCGCAUGGAGCAGAACCCGGAACAGUGUAUCCGCUACGAGUUCAACGGCACGCCGCUGCUGUACUCCAAGGCGGAUGCCGUGGGCGCGAAGCUGGGCGCCGCUGCCGGCAGUGGUGGAAUGACGCGGUGCGGAAACUGUGGUGCCAGGCGCGUGUUUGAGGUGCAGAUGACGCCGCAUGCCAUCACCGAGCUCGAGGCGGAGGAGCUGUCGCUUGAGGGUAUGGACUGGGGUACCAUCAUUGUCGGCGUUUGCGAGGCGGAUUGUCAGCAGCGCGGUGUCGAGGUUGCACAUCAAAAUAAUGAGAAGAAAAAGAAGCGUUUUACACGACAUUUCAAACAUUGUGGCAUGUCUCAUAUUCAGGGAUAUACUCUAUGGCCCCCGAUUCCAAAGUCAAAAGUGAACGCCGGUAAUUUUUGCCGCCAUGCUCUCUUCCAGCCCUAA